GUGGCCCACUCACCAGUGUUCAAGCUGCUUUUGUACACUCCACUAAUUGUCACUAUAUUUAUAUCAUUUUGAAUACAAUCAAAUUGUUUUAACAUCUGACUCUGUUUUAAAGAACCGAUAAGAAGCAUGAAUGACGAACCUGAAUGCGGAGUCCGUCGUCGACGAUCAUCCGCCAACCCAAAUCUACCACUCAACCUAGAGGUUGGGUUCCAAGUGAACGAGGGCGGUCCAAGCCAGGGCACUCCUUCUCCGUGUCAUUUCAAGCUGAUGAAUUCUGAUAGCAAGGAAGGGCCUUCAUCAGCUCUAUUAGAGUUCAGAAAGAAGCAACAAUCGUUUGAUGUCCAGGAAUCUUUGCAGAUAGAAGAAUGCGAAGAGGAGGAAAUCAUAAUCGAUAGCGACGGCGAAGGGGACGAGAAUGGAGCUGCAUGUGCCGACCGUAGUGUAACGCCAAUGCCCAUACAGGACUUUGCUGCUAAUACAGUCUAUACUGAAGGACCACAUACCAUGGACUUCUUAAAAGUGAAGUCUCUAGAACAAGAUUGCAUCACGGAUAUUUCCGAUGCGGAAACAGAAGGCGAGGAAGAAUAAUGAACGCCAUCAAUAUAGACCUCUACGAAAUAAAUUAUCCA